UUUCUUCAGAUCACUGAUGGCUGUGUGUAUGAUGUCCCUAGUCAGAGCUUUGCUUCAUAUUAAACAAGGACAUGAGCACAUAAACACACACUCACAUUAAGGAAGAAGAUUGCUUUAAAUAAUCAGCUUUUAUUUUCUUUCGCCUGCAUUUAAUGUGUAAAUACACUAGCUCUGAGUCAUCCACACAACUUUUAUAGCUAGAGUCAAGAUGUCUACACCUCGCUCUGUGCUAACAAGUGUGUUCACAUUGCUUGUGUUUCUUACAGUGGCUUAUGGACACCUGGAAAAGUGUGCAGUGCUCGAAUUUCUUCACCUGACAGAAAAUGUUUGUAUCAAGCAAAACGACUUCGUCAACCUGACCUUCUGGCUGAAUACUUCAGGCUGUGAGACAUCAGACACAGUCUACAUACUGUUAGUGAGGGUCAAAACAGACACAAACAUCGCCGAUGACGAAGGACGGUUAGCUGUUAUUAACGGCAGGUGUGACGUCAUAAUUGGACAAUUACUCCGCUGUGUCAGUCCAGCUGGUCCCGUGGAGCUGUACAGGAGAGUGAACAGAGCGCACAUACAAAUUGAAUGGAGAUGGUGGUGGAAGGAAAAUGGGUCGUUUACCGACAGAAAGAAAAUAUUAAACAUAACUGCUUGUGCACCGUCUUAUGUCACAAUUCUAACUGUCAACGGACAGGAGACUAACGGAACUUUUAUUACCGAUGUGGGUCAGAACAUCAGCAUCUACUGCGCCUUUGAUAAAGGAAACCCUCCCACUACCUUUCGUCUGUUAGACAGAAAUGGAGGUGAAAUAGAUGUCGCUAGAGAUGAAAGUCACAUUAUUCAUUCCUUCGCGCCUGUUUCAUGUGAAGAAGACUGGCCAGUCAUCCGGUGUGAAGGAAACAGGGCUAUAGAAAAUAAAUUUGUAUCAUUGCUUGUAAGAUGUCCACCACAGUUUGCUGACAUGGCUCCAAAAUUCGUGUAUCCAGAUGUAAAUGAUCACGUGAUAUUAAAUAUCAAAGCCCACUCGACAACACUCAGUGGAUGUCUGUUGACCAGAGCCUCUACAGAAGAAAACUGGAGACAAAAAGUGAACUGUAGUCUUCAUGGUGUUCCUCCGAACCUGACUUUAAACAUUAGUCUUCACAAUGAAGUGAAGUUGAUCCUGGGCAACUGGACAUUAAAUGUUACCAAUGAUAUAGGCAGUGGAGACAUCGUACUGACAUUUAUUGCCACCUCUGGAUCUGUGAAUGGAAAGGAAAAAGUUUCUAAGGAUGAUAUAAAGAACACUUAAAAAACAUUUAGCAUUUGAUUAUAGGUCACUUUAGAUAUUUGAAAUUAGUAGUAUCGUGCAAGGGUCAUAUCAUCUGGUGAAUAUAUUUUACAAGUUAGAUUAAAGACAUCUAGACACAAUCGCAUGCAAAGUUGACACACACUUAGUCAUGUUUAGAAUGGACUUUUUAUUUGAUAUGAUGUUACCCUGUGUUAUUAUCAUUAGGUGAAAGGACCAGGUAUGUCCAUGUAUUAUUAUUAAGUAAAAGGACCAGGUAUGUCCCAGCAUAAACGGAAAAUUUGGCCAAGCUUGGGGAAAGCUUGUAACAUUGGUUUGCCCAUUGCCAAGCAUCCCCCAAGCAAACGCCAGAAUCUUCAGCAUUCGCGGUGCGCGCGCAACGUGAUCUGCGAUCGCGAGAUUGGCGAAACCUCUUCGCCGCCAAGAUGUUCAACACAACCCUGGCCGCCAAAAUUGAGCCAGUCUCACUGACAUGAAUAUUCAUGACUAUCAAGUCGCUGUUCGCUAAGAAAAGAUUUUCACGGCGUGUGUUUGUAAUUAUAAUUAUUUUUAGAUUGUUGUGUCGCUUCAGAAUGUCAACAAGUAUAUAGAAAACCCUCGCACGUGUUCCUGUUGCCUUCUAAUUAGAGCGAAAUAAAGUGGCUUGUUCUCUAGACUUCAUUGGUCUUCAGUUUUCAGUCUUCACGUUUUGUCACAAGUUUUUUAAGGUACAAGUAUCCAGACUCUAAAUGUUCAUCGACCAGUAUGUGAAAUUUUAGCAAAAGUGAGCGCAUCUGAAAUUUUAGGGAAAUGCUCUAGGGGAGCUGAAUUCUCGGAAAACAAAUACUCGUUUCUACAAAUUAGGUGUGGAGUACUUUGAUGUGGAAGCUGCUCUAUGAGCUGCAAGCGCCACAGGGAAAUAGAAAGCGGAUGUAUAUUUGUAGUUUGUAAGUAAUUAGAAUUUCUUCUCCACCACUAUUUGUUUAUGAAGGCAGUGUUCGUAUUUUAAAACGCAGAAUCUACACAUUAAAAAUAAACAUACAUAUGUAAACAUAAAGAUGAUGGAUGCUUUAUUCGCAUAAUGUACGAUUAACUCGCAUAAAUAUUUUAGUCAAAUGACCAGCCUGUGCAUACCGAUACUAACAAGUACGCCUAAACAGUCAUAUCUUUAUCGGUUGGAGAUUAUUUUACUAACCUUUGUUAAGCUGUACGUCAGCAAAAAAAAAAAAAAAGACAAAUACCAGCAUGUAUCGGGAGCCUGCGCAAAAUGUUUCAAAAUAAAUAUCAUAUCUCAGCUUAAAGUUGUUAAAAUGUUUUACAGAUUUAAAAAUAUUUUGCGUGAGUUUUGUAAGCUUAUUAACAAGAACUCUACACUUAAUAGAAAGCUUGAAGUAUCCGUGCAUUUUAAAUUCAAAUAUUGUUCUGAUGUCUUUAUUACUAAGCAGGCUUGUUGAGGAAGAUGACAUAUACAUUUUUGAAAAGAAAGUUAUUGCGAAAUCUGUUUAAUGGAUUCUAUAUUAGCAUUUUAUUUCAAUAAGUAUAUGUAACAACGUAUGCAUUCAAACAUAACGUUUGAUCUUAAUGUUUACUUAAGAGUUUGUUUUGGCAGUAUCUAUCAAUAACUUCCUUUCUUCUUUAAAAUGUUGAA